AGAAGAAGAAGAAGAAGAAGAAGAAGACGGGGGUGUAAGGAAUUUUAGUUGUGAGACAUAAUCCUCCUACAUUCUUUUACAUUAUGUUAUUUAGGAAAAGGUCCACUAAAAUCCUAUAGCUUUGAUCUAGAUGCAAGCCCAGCAUAUUACACAGUCAUGUGAGUCGAGUAUAGAUCCUCUCACAGCCACAUACGUACUUACAAGGGCAUUACUAAUGGUGUCAUAAAAGUCACAAGGCAUCCUCCCAAUCUUUAAGUUAACACCUGUCGAAACCCACACCCUCCAGAUAGGCUGCUAUAUUACCAAGCCAAGAUAUAUUUUCCUCAGUGGGAACACACAUAGAUUCAUUAACAAGGAGUGCAUACAUCACACGAUGCUUCAGGGUUCCUCCUGCAACACCCAGCCCUUUGUUUCUUGGCAUGAAGAUGUUUCUUGAACUCUACAUUCUCAAACAAGAACAACUAUAACUACAUGUAGUAAUAUACUGCACACCUCAAAAAGCAACGUUGCCAGAGCAGUAAUCACCAAUCACUUGUGCACAGGCUAUUUAACUCCUGUGUGCCCAUCUCCAAAAUCAUCUGUAAAUGUUCAUAGCAUCUACCUCUUGACUUUUCACGCACAGGCCAUAUUCACUUUCCCACUACUAAUUUUAUCCCUUAGUAGUUCCACUCAUGAUUUUCCCUAUAGGCCUACUUGAAACAUUAGUAACAUUACUGAAGAGUAUACAAUAGCAAUGUUGUAUUUUAUAAUGACGAGACAUCAAUCAACAUGAGAACAAUCAGGAUAAGCAAGAAAAAAGAUAUUUAAAAAAUAUGAUAAGAUAGGUGGAGGGCUAUUUUUCCUUGCAGCAGACUGUUUUGAGUCUGAUAAAGUAAAAAAAAACAACAACAAAAAACAAACAAAAAAAAACAUUUUUUUGAAAAACGUUGAACUAGCCCUAAAAAGACAAAGUCCUAAUUAUAAAAUCAAGACCACCUUCAUGCUGUUGGUUUCUUUGCUGCGCACUAGGAGAUUCUCAUACCAUACUUGGUAAUGAGUGUAUCCCAAAAUAUAUUUGGCCAUUAAUUGACUUAAUAUUGAAAUUACUGUAAAGAUAAGAAAUAAAGAAAUUGGUAUGGUUUCCCCACAGACAUACAAUAAUUUUUAAAAUUUAAAUAUAUACAUGAAAAAUAGUUGUAAUGAAAAUAAACUGGUAAACUACUAAAUUACUGACACACUGAAAAUAAACUACACCCAUGAAAAUGUCAACAAGUACAUGCCCAUAUCAAGCAGUGUAGAUUUGCUGACAGGCCACAAGGGACCAUAUAUAUAUACCAGACAGCUGAGGCUGUCCCUAAGCCCAACUGCUGCCUUCUACAGGUGAGUGACGAUCUUUGGAUAGUAGGGUUGUUAGUUACGGGAAAGAAAAGUAUUUCAAUUAUGGGUGAAACGCUAAAUACAAUGUACAAUACCUGAUGCAGAUGCUCUUUCUGCAAGUUAAUGCAACAUAAUUCUUUUUUUUUUUUUAAAUAGUAAUAAUAGUCUUGUUGAAUACUUUUCAGACACGCUGAUCUUAACACCAGUUUCUGUUGGGACUUGAAAAGGUAUGUAGAAUUGAUUCCGGACAGUAACUUGCAAUAUAAGUAACAAUAUCAAGAUAUACAGCCCCUACCAAAGACAAAAAAAAUUUAGCUUUCAAACUGUGGGCAGCACUUUAAUACAAAUGUCUGACAUCAUAUAAAGCAGGGGUGUCAAACUCAACCGAACUCAACAAUUAUUUUUAAAAAUGUACUAAAAUUGUGAGUGCAUGCACUUCAUACUCAUAGUUAAAUUUCACAUACACUCUUUCCCAUCAUAUUUGUUAGUUCAAAUGUGUCUGCACAUCCUGUGAUAUAGCAAAUUUCAUGUUCAAGUCAAUGUUAUGCUAUACAUUGAUGGUGUAUAUGGGCCAAAUGUAAUAGACAUUUGAAAUGAUCUCGCGGGCCGAAUGAAAUGGCUUCGCGGGCCAAAUUUGGCCCCCGGGCCUGAGUUUGACAUCCCUGAUAUAAAGUGAUUGACAGAGAGAAAUUGAAUUGUUGCCAAUAAAUAAAAGGAGCUAAUAACUCGUAUACAAGAAAGACAGUAGUAAAAAGAAACCUCAACAUUCUUCCUAGAUAACCAACCUGCCAUCAUGGGGGAUGGAGAUAUGGAGUGCUUUGGCCCUGCGGCCAUCUACCUCCGCAAGCCAGAGAAAGAGCGUAUGGAGGCCCAAAGCACACCCUUUGAUGCCAAAACAGCUUUCUUUGUGGUUGACAAAGCGGAAGAUUAUGUGAAAGGAGUUCUGCAGAAAAGAGAUGGCGGCAAAUGCGUAGUCAUGACUCUGGAGGGUGAUAAGAGUAAAGAAGUCACGGUGAAGGAGGAUGAAAUCUUCCCCAUGAAUCCUCCAAAGUAUGACAAAAUUGAGGACAUGGCCAUGAUGACCCACCUCCACGAGCCUUCUGUGUUGUACAACCUCAAAGAGCGUUUCGCAGCAUGGAUGAUCUAUACAUACUCUGGGCUGUUCUGUGUCACUGUGAACCCCUACAAGUGGCUCCCAGUGUACGAUCAAGUUGUUGUUAAUGGAUACAGAGGCAAGAAGAGGAUUGAGGCUCCACCCCACAUCUUCUCCAUCUCUGAUAACGCCUAUCAGUUCAUGCUCCAAGAUCGUGAGAACCAGUCUAUCCUUAUUACUGGAGAAUCCGGUGCAGGGAAAACUGUCAACACCAAGCGUGUCAUCCAGUACUUUGCAACAAUUGCAGUGUCUGGAGGAAAGAAAGACCAGCCAGCUGCUGCUGGAAAAAUCCAGGGGUCACUGGAGGAUCAGAUCAUUGCAGCCAACCCUCUACUGGAGGCCUAUGGUAAUGCCAAGACUGUGAGGAAUGACAACUCCUCCCGUUUUGGUAAAUUCAUCAGAAUUCAUUUUGGCUCAACUGGCAAACUGGCUUCUGCUGAUAUUGAGACUUAUCUGCUGGAGAAGUCAAGAGUGACAUUCCAGCUGUCUGCUGAGAGGAGCUACCAUAUCUUCUACCAAAUUCAGACUGGACACAAGCCUGAGCUGAUUGAGGGCCUGCUUAUCACCCAAAACCCCUAUGAUUUCCCAAUGAUCAGCCAAGGUGAAAUCACUGUCAAGAGCAUCGAUGAUGUGGAGGAGUUUAUUGCUACUGAUACAGCCAUUGAUAUCCUGGGCUUCAAUGCAGAGGAGAAACUUGGCAUCUACAAACUCACUGGUGCUGUGAUGCACCAUGGUAACAUGAAGUUCAAGCAGAAGCAGAGGGAAGAGCAGGCUGAGCCUGAUGGCAAUGAGGAGGCUGAUAAAAUCGCCUACCUUAUGGGCCUGAACUCUGCUGACAUGCUGAAGGCUCUGUGCUAUCCAAGAGUGAAGGUCGGAAAUGAGUUUGUGACCAAAGGCCAAACUGUACCACAGGUGAACAACUCAGUUUCAGCUCUUUGUAAGUCAGUAUACGAGAAGAUGUUCUUGUGGAUGGUCAUCCGUAUCAAUGAGAUGUUGGACACCAAACAAGCAAGACAGUUCUUCAUUGGUGUGCUGGACAUUGCAGGAUUUGAGAUCUUUGAUUUCAACAGCUUGGAACAGCUGUGUAUCAACUUCACCAAUGAGAAACUGCAACAGUUCUUCAACCACACCAUGUUUGUGCUUGAGCAAGAGGAAUACAAGAAAGACGGUAUUGUGUGGGAAUUCAUUGACUUUGGUAUGGACCUGGCUGCCUGCAUUGAGCUUAUUGAGAAGCCACUGGGCAUCUUCUCCAUCCUUGAAGAGGAGUGCAUGUUCCCCAAGGCCUCAGACACUACCUUCAAGGGCAAAUUGUAUGAUCAGCAUCUUGGCAAAACCAAGUGCUUUGAGAAACCCAAACCAGCAAAGGGUAAGGCAGAGGCCCACUUCUCCCUUGUGCACUAUGCCGGCACUGUGGACUACAACAUCAGUGGCUGGUUGGACAAGAACAAGGACCCACUGAACGACUCUGUUGUGCAGCUGUACCAGAAGUCUGCAAUGAAAUUGCUGGCCUUCUUGUAUGCAGCCCAUGGUGGUGCUGAAGCUGAUGGUGGUGGUGGUGGCAAGGGUGGCAAGAAGAAGAAGGGUGGCUCCUUCCAGACGGUGUCUGCUCUUUUCAGGGAGAACUUGGGCAAGCUGAUGACCAAUCUGAGGAGCACCCAUCCUCACUUUGUGCGCUGCUUGAUUCCCAACGAGUCUAAGACUCCUGGUUUGAUGGAGAACUUCCUGGUGCUUCACCAACUGAGAUGUAAUGGUGUGCUGGAGGGUAUCAGAAUCUGCAGAAAGGGCUUCCCCAGCAGAAUCAUUUACGCUGACUUCAAGCAGAGGUACAAAGUGCUGAAUGCCAGUGUCAUCCCUGAAGGACAAUUCAUUGACAACAAGAAGGCUUCUGAGAAGCUCCUGGGUUCCAUUGAUGUGGAUCACACUCAGUAUAUGUUUGGCCACACCAAGGUAUUCUUCAAAGCUGGUCUCCUGGGUGUCCUUGAAGAGAUGCGAGAUGAGAAGUUGGCAGUUCUGGUCACAAUGACUCAGGCGCUCUGCCGUGCUUACCUGAUGAGGAGGGAGUUUGUCAAGAUGAUGGAAAGGAGGGAAGCUAUCUACACCAUCCAGUACAAUAUCCGCUCAUUCAUGAAUGUGAAAAACUGGCCAUGGAUGGGAGUGUACUUCAAGAUCAAGCCACUUCUGAAGAGUGCUGAAACUGAGAAGGAGCUGGCUGAAUUGAAGGAGCUCUAUGGGAAAACGAAGACCGACCUAGACACCGCCCUUGCAAAGAAGAAGGAAUUAGAGGAAAAGAUGGUUUCCCUGCUCCAGGAAAAGAAUGACCUGCAGUUAGCUGUAGCAUCUGAAACCGAGUGCCUCUCAGAUGCCGAAGAGAGAUGUGAAGGACUUAUUAAGAGCAAAAUUCAGCUAGAAGCCAAGCUCAAAGAGACAACCGAGAGGCUGGAGGAUGAGGAGGAGAUCAAUGCUGAGCUCACUGCCAAGAAGAGGAAACUGGAGGAUGAGUGCUCUGAGCUGAAGAAAGACAUUGAUGACUUGGAGCUUACCUUGGCCAAAGUGGAAAAAGAGAAGCAUGCCACAGAAAACAAGGUUAAAAACCUGACUGAGGAGAUGGCCUCUCAGGAUGAGAGUAUUGGCAAGUUGACCAAGGAAAAGAAAGCCCUCCAAGAGGCACACCAGCAGACUCUGGAUGAUCUCCAAGCAGAGGAAGACAAAGUCAACACACUUACGAAAUCAAAGACCAAACUUGAACAACAAGUGGAUGAUCUGGAGGGCUCAUUGGAGCAAGAGAAGAAACUCCGAAUGGACCUUGAAAGAGCCAAGAGGAAGCUUGAGGGUGACCUAAAACUUAGUCAAGAAGCCAUAAUGGAUCUGGAGAAUGACAAGCAGCAGUCUGAAGAGAAAAUAAAAAAGAAGGACUUUGAGAUAAGUCAGCAUCUCAGCAAGAUUGAAGAUGAGCAAUCACUUGGAGCUCAACUUCAAAAGAAGAUUAAAGAACUUCAGGCCCGCAUUGAGGAACUGGAAGAGGAGAUUGAAGCUGAGCGUGCUGCUCGUGCUAAAAUUGAGAAGCAAAGAGCUGAUCUCUCCAGGGAACUUGAGGAGAUCAGUGAGAGGCUUGAGGAGGCUGGUGGGGCCACUGCUGCUCAGAUUGAGAUGAACAAGAAGCGUGAAGCUGAGUUCCAGAAGCUGCGUCGUGAUCUUGAAGAGUCCACCCUGCAACAUGAAGCUACUGCUUCUGCUCUUCGCAAGAAGCAGGCAGACAGCGUGGCUGAACUGGGAGAGCAGAUUGACAACCUGCAGCGUGUCAAACAGAAGCUGGAGAAGGAGAAGAGUGAAUAUAAAAUGGAGAUAGAUGACCUCUCAAGUAAUAUGGAAGCUGUGGCAAAAGCAAAGGGAAAUCUGGAAAAAAUGUGUCGCACCCUUGAGGACCAAAUGGGUGAGAUUAAAGCAAAGGCUGAUGAAAAUGCACGUCAGCUUAAUGAUGCAAGCGCACAGAAAGCAAGGCUUUCCACUGAAAAUGGUGAGUUUGCCCGUCAGCUUGAGGAGAAAGAAGCUCUGGUCUCUCAGCUGACCAGAGGCAAACAGGCCUAUGUACAGCAAAUUGAGGAGCUGAAGAGGGGGGUUGAGGAGGAAGUGAAGGCCAAGAAUGCCCUGGCUCAUGCUGUCCAAUCAGCUCGUCAUGACUGUGAUCUGCUCAGAGAGCAGUUUGAGGAGGAGCAGGAGGCCAAGGCUGAGCUGCAGCGUGGAAUGUCCAAGGCCAACGGUGAGGUCGCUCAGUGGAGGGCCAAAUACGAGACUGAUGCCAUCCAACGCACUGAGGAGCUGGAGGAAUCCAAGAAAAAGCUUGCACAGCGACUACAGGAGGCUGAGGAAUCAAUUGAGGCUGUUAACUCCAAGUGUGCCUCUCUGGAGAAGACCAAGCAGAGACUCCAGGGUGAAGUAGAGGACCUCAUGAUUGAUGUUGAGCGAGCAAAUGCAUUGGCUGCCAAUCUUGAUAAGAAGCAAAGGAACUUUGACAAGGUCCUGGCAGAAUGGAAGCAGAAGUUUGAGGAAGGCCAGGCUGAACUGGAAGGUGCCCAGAAAGAGGCUCGCUCUCUCAGCACUGAGCUCUUCAAGAUGAAGAACUCAUAUGAAGAGGCACUGGAUCAACUGGAGACCCUGAAGAGGGAGAAUAAGAACCUACAGCAGGAAAUUUCUGACCUUACCGAGCAACUUGGUGAAACUGGUAAAAGCAUUCAUGAGCUUGAGAAGGCUAAGAAGACAGUGGAGACUGAGAAAUCAGAAAUUCAAACUGCACUAGAAGAGGCAGAGGGUACACUUGAGCAUGAGGAGUCCAAGAUUCUUCGUGUUCAGCUGGAGCUUAACCAGGUCAAAGGUGAGGUUGACAGGAAGCUGGCAGAGAAGGAUGAGGAGAUGGAGCAGAUCAAGAGGAACAGCCAGAGGGUGAUUGAUACCAUGCAGAGCACUCUAGACUCUGAGGUCAGAAGCAGAAAUGAUGCCAUGAGAGUCAAGAAGAAGAUGGAGGGAGACCUCAAUGAGCUGGAAGUUCAGCUCAGCCAUGCCAACCGCCAGGCAGCUGAAGCCAUGAAGCAGCUGAGGAAUGUCCAAGGACAACUCAAGGAUGCACAACUGCACCUUGAUGAGGCUGUGAGAGGACAAGAUGACAUGAAGGAGCAGGUUGCCAUGGUGGAGCGCAGGAAUGGCCUGAUGAUAGCUGAGAUUGAGGAGCUUAGAGCUGCUUUGGAGCAGACAGAGAGAGGCCGCAAAGUGGCCGAGCAGGAAUUGGUGGAUGCCAGUGAGCGUGUUGGACUGCUGCACUCACAGAAUACUAGUCUGCUCAACACCAAGAAGAAGCUGGAGAGUGACCUUGUGCAGGUUCAGGGUGAGGUUGAUGACACUGUUCAAGAGGCCAGAAAUGCAGAAGACAAGGCCAAGAAAGCCAUCACUGAUGCUGCAAUGAUGGCUGAGGAACUGAAGAAAGAACAGGAUACCUGUGCUCAUCUGGAGAGGAUGAAGAAGAACCUGGAGGUCACUGUGAAGGACCUGCAGCACCGCCUGGAUGAGGCUGAGAACCUGGCCAUGAAGGGUGGAAAGAAACAACUCCAGAAACUGGAGUCCAGGGUUCGGGAGCUGGAAGGUGAGGUCGAUGCUGAACAAAGACGUGGAGCAGAUGCUGUGAAAGGUGUCCGCAAAUAUGAGAGGAGAGUCAAGGAGCUCACAUACCAGACUGAGGAGGACAAGAAGAAUGUCACCAGACUGCAGGAUCUGGUAGAUAAACUUCAGAUGAAAGUCAAGGCCUACAAGAGGCAGGCUGAGGAAGCUGAGGAGCAGGCCAACACUCACCUGUCCAAGUUCAGGAAGGUGCAGCAUGAGCUUGAGGAGGCUCAGGAGCGUGCUGACAUUGCUGAGUCCCAGGUCAACAAACUGAGGGCCAAGAGUCGAGAUGCUGGCAAGGUAAGGACUGUGCAAUAUAAAACAUCAAUGAUUUAAGAAAUACAAUGUAUGUACUGUACUCACAAUAUUAUACAACCAUCUCCUUAAGAAAUCAGAAUUAGUCAUAGUCACAUAUCAUAUCGCCAACUUCACAUUUUCUGCUUUUGAUGUGUUUCAGACCAAAGAAGAGUGACCAGUAACGAGAAAGUAAAUUUAGGAAGGAAUUCAUACAAUAUGAUAUCCUUAAUAAAGGCACUUGAAAAUUACCACAUCUUUUAUGUCUUUAAUUUAUUUUUAUGUACAGUAUUAUGUGCAUAUAAAAUAAUUAUCACAGCUGUCCUCAACUCAGAGUCUCUCCUCACUGGUUCCCCAAGAAUCUGUGUUGGGGCCCUUUCUGUUUGUCAUGUACACCAUAUCACUGGGCCACGUUUUCCGUUCCCACUGUUUCAUACCACUGCUAUGCGGAUGAUACACAGUAAUACAGAUUAGUUGAGCCAGAUGACUCCACUAUCUGAAAACACAUUUCCACUUGCUAUUCAUAUUCCACAAACUAUCCAUAUGGAUGAAGGAACACCACCUUCAGCAGAAUCUCCUGGUGAUCCCAACCCAGGACUCAAUCUGCCAUGACAUAAUACUCAAUAUGGGCUCUGCCACUGUCACCACACAUAAGGUUGCAAAAAACCUGGGUGUCAUCAUUGAUGACCAUCCAGCAAUCGCCGACUACAUUGCCUCAUUUGCCUUGUCAUGUCGCUUCUUACUGUUCAACAUAAAAAUCCGAGACCGUAAAUGGCUCAAUAGGCCACUCUGGUAGAGACGUUCUGGUAUAGGCCAUGGUCAUCUCUCACCUUGACUACUACAACUCCCUUCUUACUGGCCUUCCAGCUUGUACAAUAAAACCUUUGAAAAUGCUUCAGAACAUGGUGACAAACUGGGUAUUUACCCAACCCUAUAGUACGCAUGUCACUCCUUUUUUAUCAACCUGCAUUAGAACAUGUCUUCUCGAAUUAAACACCAAGUCCUGACUAUUAUCUACAAAGGUACAGCAGGUUCUGGCUUGUCUGAAGGCUAUACUAAAGCCCCCCAGGACAUUAUGGUCCUUCAAUACCAACUGUUAAUCAUUUCCCUCUACUCACACAAUGUGGUCCCAGUCCAAUUGGUUUUCUGGCAUUGUCCCUCAAGCUACAAGUUGCUACAAGACUAUAGUUAGUGAAAGAUAUGAAUAUUUUUUUAUUAUUAUUUUUACCAUGUGUUCUUACAGGUGUCUGGACACACCUCACAAUUUAUCCACAGCCAAAUGUCCAAUGGGAAUUUCCGUGACACCCCGUCAAAGUUGGGUGCACAGAAGGCCUAUGUAAAAAUUGGAACACGGCAGAUUGGGGGGAAAGGAGGCAUAAUGGGUCAUAACUUUUGAAGUAAACUACAUACAGAGACAAAUUAACACAUUUUUACAGACAUUACUGACCCAGUGAAUUCAUUUGAGGGGUAUUGUUGGACAUUUGACCACAUUUGAACCCCGUAUUAGGUCAAAAAAAACUGUGUAGAAAUGCGUAGAAAUGUGUAGUAAUGUUCAUUUUUUAAAUCAUAUUUCCAAGUUGUGUCCGUUAUCACCACUUGCUCUUCAUUUCUCGUUUACAGUAUGACAUUAUACUGUAUAUAGUAGUUUGAUUAUUCUAUUGGUAUUAAGCUGAAAUAAUAACCUAAAGUUGACCAUUUUUAACCCUUUAAUGCCCUAGACUGGAACCCAGAAAAAAGGUUGCAGAAGGGGCCAUAACUUCUAAAGUAAAUUACAUACAGAGACAAAUUAACGCAUUUGUCCAUACAACACUGACCCAGUGAAUACAAUUGAGUGGUUUUGGACAUUUGACCACAUUUAAACUGCACUUUUGGUCAAAAAACGGCAAAUAAAUGGCUUUAAAAGUGUAGAAAUUCUGUCAUGUUUUCACGUUUUUUUGCGCCCGUUUUCACCUCUAACUCUUUAUUUCUCUUUUAAAGGAUGACAAUAUAUAUAAUAAGGUAUGGAUUUGAUUAUUUUAAUGGUAUUAAGCUGAAAUUAUACCCCAAAGUUUACAUUUUAACCCUUUAAUGCCCUAGACUGGAGCCCGGAAAAUGAUAAAAAAAAAAAUUGUCAGAAUGUGGGAUAGGUUUGGAGGUAAACCACAUAUAAACACAAAUGAGCAUACUUUCCCAUAUAAUUCUGCCCUACAAAGCAAAAAGGCAGUAACUGCACAGAGCUCCAAACUGAGUAAAAUGACUUUAAAAUGAUACUGCAAUCCAGUCUUAGUAGUUUUGGAGAGAUUAUUGACAUGCAGCAGUUUUGUUACUUUAUAUUACCACCUUUUAUGCAGAUUAAUAAUUUUAUUUAAAUUAAUAUUUUGAUAUAUAUGUCAUUGAAGUCAUAGUAACUCAUGUUUGACAACAGCGCAGUCACUGCCUUUUUGCUUUGUAGGGCAGAAUACUGACCCAAGAAAUGAAACGGAGUGUUUUCUUUUUUUACUCUUGAUCAAAUUUUAAAUGAUCAAACUGUCAUAGACGUCAGUGUGGUGGAGGUGCAAUGGGGUGGGCGGGUGCUGGUGACUGGUAGUAGUUGGGGUGGGGAUGGGGGCUUGGUAAAUUUCCUCUAUGUUUUUUUUUCUGAGAGCUAUGUAUCUCUGAAGUAUAUAUCUGUAUAUUGGUAUGAUAGCUAGUUGGAUCACCCUCUUUGGUAAAUAUGCGAUUUGAG